AUCCACAGCAGCGGAGCGGGCGGCCGAGCAGGAACGAGGCGGCGACAGCGGCUGCGACUCCGUGGGAAGCAACACUGAGGAAUGCAGGUGAGCUGAGGCGCAGAGAAGAGGGCUCUGAAGAGAAGCACCCUGAGGAGCACCACUCCCAUAAGGACAGAGACCCUCGGGGACCACAGACUUGAUUUGGAGAGCUCUUUCCUGUGGCCUCAUAGCUGCUCUUCUGCUUUGUCCCUUCAGUCUGGAUUGGUGACACACACCCACUGGAGAUUAUUUCCAGGUUUGCUGGCAUGGGAAACUUGCUCAAAGUCCUGACCCGGGAAAUUGAGAAUUAUCCACACUUCUUCCUGGAUUUUGAAAAUGCACAGCCUACAGAAGGAGAGCGAGAGAUAUGGAACCAGAUCAGUGCUGUCCUCCAGGAUUCUGAGAGCAUCCUCACAGACUUACAGGCUUACAAAGGGGCAGGACCAGAGAUCCGAGAUGCAAUUCAAAAUCCCAAUGACAUUCAACUUCAGGAGAAGGCUUGGAAUGCAGUGUGUCCUCUGGUGGUGAGGCUGAAGAGGUUUUACGAAUUCUCCAUCCGUCUUGAAAAAGCACUUCAGAGUUUAUUGGAAUCUCUGACGUGUCCACCCUAUACACCAACCCAGCACCUGGAACGGGAGCAAGCCCUCGCAAAGGAAUUUGCAGAAAUCUUACAUUUUACCCUUCGAUUCGAUGAGCUGAAGAUGAGGAACCCCGCUAUUCAGAAUGACUUCAGUUACUAUCGAAGAACAAUAAGUCGUAACCGUAUCAACAACAUGCAUCUAGACAUUGAGAAUGAAGUUAAUAAUGAGAUGGCCAAUCGAAUGUCCCUCUUCUAUGCAGAAGCCACACCGAUGUUGAAGACUCUUAGCAAUGCCACAAUGCACUUUGUCUCCGAAAAUAAAACCCUGCCAAUAGAGAAUACCACGGACUGCCUCAGUACGAUGACAAGCGUCUGUAAAGUCAUGCUGGAGACACCGGAGUACAGGAGCAGGUUUACAAGCGAGGAGACACUGAUGUUUUGCAUGAGGGUGAUGGUGGGCGUCAUCAUCCUCUAUGACCACGUGCACCCCGUGGGAGCUUUCUGCAAAACAUCCAAGAUUGAUAUGAAAGGCUGCAUAAAGGUGUUGAAGGAACAGGCCCCAGACAGUGUGGAAGGGCUCCUGAAUGCUCUCAGGUUCACCACAAAGCACUUGAAUGAUGAAUCGACUUCCAAACAGAUUCGAGCGAUGCUUCAGUAGAGGCCUGCUCAGAGAGGAGGAUCUAUGCUGACCUCAGAAGAUGUAGAUGUUUACAUAAUUUAAUACAGAUUGAUGUUAAUACUUGUGUAUUUACAUAACCAUUUCCUUCUUGUCACUGAAAUAUAUGGACCUGAAUUUGUAUCCUGACUGAUUCAACCCAGCCGAGCAUAAAUUGACUUGAGCGCCUUACCUUUGAUGUCUGAAGCGAAACUCCUUUCACCAAGGGCCAGAUUCGGAAACUUCAACCUUGGCUGCUGGAGUCCUGUAGUGAUACCUGUAACAAUCAGAAAUUCUUAAUCGCUUGUGGUAUGGUUUUAAUUCUAGAUGUUUUAUCUCUCUGGGAGUAUAGUUUAUAGAAACACAAAGUACUUGAUUUCCUGUGUCGGCUCAGAUACAAGAAACACACACAACUGUUACCCUGACAGAGAACAGAGAGAGAAGAUCCAAGAUAAGAAAACUGCAUGUGGAGAGCGGCGCACAAGAGUUCUGAGUUCAGCACGUCCCCCACCCUCUUCCUGCCGCCUGCAAACCUCACGUGCAGCUUUUCUAUAUGCACGUGUUUUAUUAAUCUGAAUAUUCUCCUUCUGUCUCGGUUUGUGUCCCUUUCAUUCCCUUUUAGUAUUUGCAAGAGGAAAAUUGUCUGUGUUUUAAUCAGCUAAUGAGGAGGCUAUGGGAUGGACAGAGGGCUUCUUGCAGGAGAAUUGAGAAAAGUGACUAUCUUAAGAAUAUUAUUUCUUUUUUUAAAAAAGAAUAUUAGAGAGAAAGAGAGAGAGAGAGAGUUGGCAUAAGGACAGUCUUAUCUGUGUCAACCCUCUGCCUGCAGGGACAGAUAAAUGGAACUCUGGUUGUGAUAUCAUAACUAAGAUCAGUCACCUCCCAGGAGUCUGCAGAGUUCUAGGUACACCACCCGUCUUAAUAUGGGAGCUCCCAUUCUGUAUCAAAAUGGACUGUUCAUAUCAGAGCUGAGAACUAAAGCACUUCGUUCAUUAUCAGAAAACUGGAGGAAUUUAGAGAGAGGAAAUCUACGAUUUCUAAUUACCUGGAGUCAGCCCCCACUAGUCUGAGUACUUCGGCAAAUUCACUUUUUGUCUCACCUUCAUCAUAUGGCUCAGUGGUUAAGAGUACCUGUUGCUGUUGCAGAGGACCUGGAUUGGAUUCCCAGCACCCACUCAGUGGCCCACAACUAUCCAAUACUCCCGAUGCAUGGGAUCCAGUGCCCUCUUCUGAUCUCUAUGGGCAUCAGGCAUGCACACAGUACACUUAUAUACAUGCAGAAAAAAAUACUGAGACACAUGAAAUAAGAUAAAUCUUUUUUUUAAAUCUAAAAUGGAAGGCUACUAGGAGCCACUACACUAACCUUUCUUCAUGCAUAAAUCCAAUGAGUACUACCCCACCCAUCUUGAUGAAUAUCAAUAUCUUCAGGACUGCAAUCAUUCUGCCUAUAGGUCAGAACUGAGCUAGGAUGGAAUCUUGAAACAUAUUCUGACCUCCAAUGAAAAGAUAUGGGCAUACAAGGUGAGUUGUACGUAGAACUAAAUCCUUGAGUGUUUCCCACCUGACUCUACUAUACUCUUCCUGAUCACCAUGUGGCCUAAGAAUAUAUACUAUGGAGUCUAUGGACCACUGUAGAGAAGUUUUUAGUCUAGCCUGUUUGAUUACUUGUAAAUCUCUGCUAGAAGGAGAGAAUUUUCCAGACAACUGAAUGAAUGAUAAUCCUGGAAGUCAGGUCUAGGAUGAUUAGGGUGUGGUAUUAUUUGGUUUGCAACAUCCCAAGGCAAUACUUCCAGACUAAGGUGGCCAUCCAGCAUUCCUUUGAGUCCUCCAAGAAAGAUGAUACUUGGUUCAUUUCAAAAAACCAAAUGCAGACAAAUGGGAGAACCAGUUCCCCAGCUUAUGUUAGCAUAGUCAACAGCGAGCAUAAAGACUUUGUCACUUGGAGCGUUACCAGCAGAGUAAAUGUGGCCAUUGACUGGCCUAAGCAUUCUCUAAGAGUUGUGCUAGAUGGCUUCCAUGAUCUUGUCAAACCUAGAAAUUCCAAAAUCUCGAGGAAGCUAGAAAACACAAUCCUGUGGCAGUAAGACAUUCUCCAGUGUUCAGCUUUAGGGAUUUUCUAUUUGGCAGCCAUAGGCAAUGCUUAUUUGGGCAACUCUCACGCCUACAAGAGCAGAGAUGCACAAUAAGCAUUUGUCCAUUUGCUCUUUCCUCAACAGAGGAGAUUAGGAUUUCAAAGAACAAAGAACUGCCCAGUUUCUAUUGGGCUCUUAGACACAGACCUGAGCCAUGAACCCAAGCCACGUAUCUACACCAUAGCUGCCUCUCAGCUGGCUACAUAAGGAAACAUUAGGGAUUAACUGUCAGAAUAUACAUACAUACAUACAUACAUACAUACAUAAAUAAAUAAAUAAAUAAAUAAAUAAUAGCUUAGGACAUUUGUAACUCUUAGUUAGACUUUCUAUUAAAUGGGACCAAAUGUGUGUAUGGGUGCUGUCAGUCUGCUUCAGUCUAGCCAGUCCAGUAUCUCCAAGAUGAGACUCAACAGGACUUGGAUUUUGAGAAGCCCAGGCUCUAAAUAAUAGCCUCAGGUCAUCAGGGGGACAGACUGAGUGUCUGUGAUCACUAACAGGGAGUGGGCCUUGAGUCCACUCCAGAACUGUGGUGGGAGACCAAUACUCUUAACAGACUGUCCAGUAGGUAUCGGGAAUCCUUGAACAAUUUGGGUUUUCUUCCCCUUUUUUCUCUUUCGUGCUGCAUGCACAUUUAUCCAACACUCACGGGUUGUUUGGGAAAAAGUACCAGCAAUGAUGUCGAUGUUAAUAAUACUUCAUAAUUGAUAUCUUAUAGCUUUCAAGUAAAGUGUUUUCUAUAACUCAGAUAAUUAAUUUGAAGCAAGAAAGAAGGUAAAAAUGAGGUUUCCCAGCCAUGUUGCUGCUUUUGGCAUGGUCGCUUCUCUGAGGUUCACCUAGGCUUUCACAGCAAAAGUUGGGUGGAAAGAGAAAUUUUUAUUUGUGAUGACACAAUAGAGCCAGAAUAUUAGCUAACAACGUUGAAGGAGGUGUUGGGUGUUUUUAAAUAUUUAGUUAAUAUAUUCCUCAUGGACAUAAAAUACAUUCUUAGUUAUUAUCAUUAUGUCAAACAAGAAUGGCAAGCCUAAGUUUGUGAGGCAUCAUCACAAUUCUGUCAAAAUAAUGUUAUGCUUUUGAAAGAUAAAGCCUGCUCAAUCUAGGGAUCCAGUUGUGCAGUAGAGUUCAGACUUCUCAUCCAAUCUUAUAUUGUAGGCAUUUCUCAAGUGUUUUAGAUAUUAAUAACUAACAUUGGGAUUUUACUUUGCCAGCCCCAGCCUUCAGAACUCCAUUGUCAUAGUACACCUGUAAAAAUGGUUGCACAUCAGAAGGGGCUUUGAAGCGCUUGUAUGUUGUUUGCCGGAGUCAUUGUAAUUUUUUUGUUUGUUUUUUUGGGCUUUUUGUUUGUUUGUUUUUGCCUGCAUUGCCUCUUUUUGUACAGAACUUUUGAGUGUGAAAUGAAAAUUAAAGUUUGGUACAUACACAGUUUAAAAUCAUGUUUGUAUAUGAUGCAUAGGCAAAAUGGAUGGCCCUGCAUGGAAGUCUGCUCAACUUGCUGUGAGGAAAUGACGUCAUAUCAGCUGAUCUUCCAUCAUAGUUUCUUCAAAUAUGGAAUGUAAUUCCCCAAGGGGCCUGCUUUUAGAAUCACUGGUCUCACAUUUAUUUCAACAAGGACCUUAAUUAUAUUAAAAUUAAAAUAAAGAAAGAGAGAGAAGGAGAGAAAGAGAAUCAAGACUAAUACUUAGAGAUGUAAGAGAGCUGCUUGUCCAGGCAUGCUAAGAAACUCCAGGAAUGCUCUUUCACUCAUUUUAAUGCAGUAGCAUUUUGUGAAUUUGGCAAAAUGGGUGAAAGAAGGAAACCCUCCCCUGUGUAAGUUCAUUUCUUUCAGACAACAGAAGCAUUAAAAUGGUUCUUUUAACUCUUCAGCACUGACACUUUCCAGAGUGCCACUUUUAUUACUCUCUAAACUUCUGAAGCCAGAGACCUAAUUGUAUGUUUUCUCAAUGAAUUUGAAUCUCCAAGAGCGACCUUCUAUAACAGCCAGUGAAAAGGUUGACUUGGGGUAUGAAAGGAAUGGGAAUGAGGUCUUUUCUGUAAAUUGACAAAUGGUUGAAUUAUAAGUGGGUGGCCAGGCAGUAGUGGAGCACGCCUUUAAUCCCAGCACUUGGGAGACAGAGGCAGGCAGAUUUCUGAGUUCGAGGCCAACCUGGUCUAUAGAGUGAGUUCCAGGACACCCAGGACUACAUAGAGAAACCCUGUCUGGAAAAAAAAAUAUGUAUAUAUACAUAUACAUACACACACACACACACACACACACACACACACACACACACGCAUGGGAAAAGUCUGGUAAACAGGAAAGAAGAUUUUGGAGUAUAUGAGUGUGUAUAUAUGUGUCUGUCUGUCUGUACUUACAGGACCAUGAGAACCAUGGAGCAGGGAAGAAAGUAUGUAUGUGCCUGUCAAGAUCGAUACAGUUAAAUAAUGUUGGUGAAUUUAUUUGAACUGUAUUCAUUAGGUAUAUUGAUUUCCAUGCCCAAGUUGAAGUAGAAACUAGUAAAGGACCCACUCAUCUGACCCAUGUGGUAACUCAUACAAAGUAAAUAGAGGGUUGAAUAUUGCAUUCACCACCCCCCACCCCCAGCUGACCUUCAGAAUAGAGAGCUAUUUUUUUCUGGUCACAUUCAGCCUGGCAGGAUUGUUUUUUUGUUUUUUUGUUUUUUGUUUUUUUUUCUGCUGUGUUUUCUCUUCCCUCCAUCUGAUUCCAAAGAUCUAGAAAUGCAGCAAUUCAUGGAAAUAGGCUCCAUAAAAUGCUUCUGUAGACUGGCCUUUGAAAUUAUGCUAUGUAGGAUUCUAGAUCAAUCUCAGAAUUUAAUAGUGAUUUUCUUAAGUGGACAGUUCUUAGAAAUCCCUUAAAGUAUUUUCUCAUCAAACCUUGUGUUUCUGGAAGUCUCUCCUUCUCUACCUCUCUUUUCUGCUUAGUUUUAGGUCUUCUUUGCCUUCCCUGCAGUUGGUUUUGUUUCAAGAUGAGGGACAUAUUUCAUUGACCAUUCUGUGGCUGCUAAUGGUGUCAUUGGUCUGAUUUGAGAAACAAAGGGCUCUUUCUUGAAGUUCACUCUAAAAUCAACAUGAAAACACUUGGGGAAGCCAUCAAACUACUCUCCUCCAAAUAACAAUACACUUGGAAGAAAUGCCUUCCUUUUGCUUGAGAAAAGUCCUCUGAGAAGCAUGGGGAAGAGGACAUGGUUGAUGGUUUUAUAAGUAAUCAUAGAUGCAGAGACACUUCAUUCCCAUAAUGAUGACAUCAGGCGUACCAUCUUUCCUUCCAUGUGUUUGAAAUUUGCAAGGCCAAGCCUUUCUUUUAUUUCCUCCAUGGAUUUUUCCAUGAAUAACCUUCUCCAGUCCCUACAACAUGCUAAAAAUUCUCUUCUGAACUGUUACUGCAUUUAACUUACUUUCUACUAGAUCCAUGCCAGUACACAGUGUUUGGAAAUGUAUCUUUUAAUCACUGAGUCUUGAAAUUCUGAGGACAAAUAAUGAGCCUCAUUGGACAAUAGAAGCUUUCUACUAAUGUGAAACUCCAAGGCCCUGAAAACCAGGUGUGUUGAAGUUAAUUUUUGAGAAUUGGUUUACCCAACUUAGGAUCCAUUCACAUACUCACAUUACCUGCUCAGUUGGACAAUCAAUUUUAUUUCUGGAAGAAAUAUUUACUAACUGUCAGGAUAUUUUAACCUCUCUGGACACAGAGAGGUUGCACCUUAUGGCUCAUUUGCAAAGAACCCAAAUGGGAAAACAGACUGCUUUUGAUUAAAAGUUGGAGCAGCUAGACCUGGCACUGGAGGUAGCCAGUACACUAAGCAGGUAGUGUCUUACUCCAUUCAGACCAGGGUGUUCUUUAGUGAGAAUGCUGAGUUUGACACAACCAGAACACCAAAGCACAACAAAUCAACUCAAUACAAAGUAGAUUUGUCAACUUGACACAAUCUGGAGUCACCUGGGAAGAGUCUGAAUGUUGGAGUGUAUGUAUGGAGUUGACCUGUGCCUAUAUGUGUGAUGGAAUAUCUUGAUUAAGUUAGUUUGCCUAGAAAGACCCAGCCCACUGUGGAUGGUACCAUUCCAUAGAUAGGGGGUUGUGUGAGAAUGAAGAAAUGGAACUGAGCACAAGCAAAUAAACAUGCACAUAUCUACUUCCCCCUGUUCUUGACUAUGGGUGUGAUGCGACAGUUUUUAGCCCCUAGCCCCUUGAGAUCCCCAUACAAAAGGACUAUAAUGUGUAAUUGUGAACUGAAAUAAACCUGGUCCCUCCUAAGCUGUUUUUUUAGGGUAUUUUAUCACAGCAACAAAAACAAAAAGCGAUAGCUACAGAACUUGGUUCAGCACCUUGGAUAGCAGACCAUGCAACAUCUAAUAAGAGUGUAAUGGAAUCUGAAAUCACCAAGUCUUGUUGGCUAUUUCCAGGUUGUCUUGAGAAGUCUGAAUAUUAAAGAUUUGUAACUUUCAAAACUAUAUCCACUGGGUUACUGCCAAGGCAUUUUUCUCCCUCUUGGGACUUCUGAGCAUUACAUAAAUUGAAUAGAAAGCAGUUGGGACAUGUGUAGAAAUGAAGCUAGCUUUUCACAUUUAUGGUAUGUUGAAAUAAAGCAAACUCAUAAAAAUGGCCUUUCUCCUUCCCCCCAUCCUUCCUCUUCUUCCCUCUUCUUUUCUUUAGCUUUUGGGACAAAGUCUCUCUGUGAGCCCAGUCUUGCUCACCCCAAUUCUGUGCACUACAAGUAUUCAUUUUUAAGCCCUAUACUGUUUGUUAAUUAUGACCACAAAGCAUAACACACAUGCUUUCUAAAGAGUCUCAAAACAUAUACUAACAUCUCUGAAGUCUGUUUUAUUUGCUUCAAACUUUCUCGUCUCUUUCCAAGAUCACUAUGCUACACUAGCCCCUCCUUUAGUCUCUUCUGCACAUAGAAGAUAACUUACUUUAUUGUGGACCAUAUUUGGUAAUAUGUGUAUCUUUAGCAAGUUUCCUGAAAUAUGUUGUUAGAGAUAUUCAUUGGCAUUCUCCAGGGAGUUAAUGGUAAUAUUCAAAUAUUUGUCAUACAAAAUUAAAUACAUUAUUACUUUAUUUACCUAUUUAUUUCACAACCAGAUUUUCCCCAUAUAUUAUGAGUUUUCACAAAUGAGAUGAUGAAAUAAUUGGUAGUAAUUUUCAGAAGCAUUUGUCUAUAAAAUUAUUUUGUGUUUCCUAGAACAUCAGUAAUUUCUUAUGGUCAUUAUCACUCUACAAAACACUACAAAAAUACUAGCGUGAGAUACAAGGCCUUCCAAGAGACAAACCAUCUAAGUGUGUUAGUUCUUUCAUUCCUUCAUCUAAACUCCUAGGUCCAUUUCAUUCACCAUAUGUCAAAGAUGCUGUUUUACUCUCCUAUGCUACACAGCCAUUCUCAGUUUUCUAGUGUAUCAUCCAUUUUUCCUAUUUUAUGUGUGGACAAUAAUACUGCUUCUUUCUGGCUGGUGUUCUAUUUCCUCUCAUUAUCUGCUAUGUAGAGGCCUGGUCAUCCUGAGGGCAUCGUUCAGAUGUCUUCUUUGAGCCUUUCCAUGAGCUGCCUGAGCAAAGUUUUGUUUACUUUCCUGUUUCCCCAACCUUUCUCCUUCUUCUCUAUCCUCCCUCUCUUGUCCUCCCUCCCUCCUCUUCCCUUUCCUUCUUUUCUUCCAUAUAUAAAGACUAAAAGCCAAACUACACCUUUGAUAUGACAUAUAUUGUCUUAGAUAAGUUCUUGUUGCUGUGAUGAGACAUCAUGACCAAAGCAACUUGGGGAGGAAAUGGUUUAUUUGGCUUACACUUCCAGAUCAUACUCCAUAAUUGGAGGAAGUCAGAACUGUAGUCUCCCCUCCCCCAGCCUGAAACCUGCUUGCUCUGGGGUGGAGUUUCCUGCUCAUUCGUUCUGCCACGCCCACUGCUGGAACCUGCCGCCUUGCUGUUCCGAAGCCAUCACGUGCUCACCCUGCUACUGGAUUCCGAGAUUAUUUGGCGGGAAUCGGGUCCCGUCCCCCUUCCAUCAUAACUGAGUGUUGCAACAGUAAAAAUUGAGCUUUGAUCAGAGUGA